AUGGCCAAACUCGAGGGAAAUGUACUGCUCUACAACGUCACCCUUCUCGCUUGCCUGGGCUUCCUCCUUAUCGGCUUUGACAAUGGCCUGAUGGGUGGCUUGGUUAAUGGUCGCUCUUUCGAUACGACGUUCAACCUCGACACCUCCACGGCCUCGGGAGCGAACAUCGUUGCAUUAAUAGUAGCUAUCUACGAGGUGGGGUGCUUUUUUGGAGCCAUUGUUACCGCUUUCAUCGGCGAGACUCUCGGUCGGCGACGCAGUAUCUUUGUGGGAACUGUUAUCAUGAUUAUCGGCGCCCUUCUCCAGGCUACAUCCUACUACAGGUCUCAGCUCAUCGUCGCUCGCAUCGUCAGCGGCUUCGGAAUGGGCUUCAUCAACUCCACUGUCCCUGUCUUGAUGGCCGAGUUCGCCCCCAAAGCCACCAGAGGCAUUUUCGUCUGCGCACAACUCUCGACAUUAAACCUGGGCAUAGCGGUCGUCUACUGGAUUGACUAUGCCUUUGGAACAAUCAAGAGUGGCCCAAGUUAUGCUUGGAGAGUUCCUGUCAUCCUCCAGUGUAUCUUCCUCGUUUUAAUGCUCAUUAUCAUUGCCAUAAUCCCCGAGACGCCCAGGUGGCUCGUUGCUCAUAAUCGACCUGACGAAGCCUUAGAAGUGCUCCGCCGCCUCAACCGGAAGAAGAUGGACGAUCAAAUGAUCGUCGACAUCCAUGCCGGCAUCAUCAACGCUGUUGUGGUUGAAAGUGCUGCUGGAACAGGCACGUGGAAGGACUUGCUGAAGAACGAUGACAUCCAGUCGCUGCGCCGCCUCUUGAUUGCUUGCUCCAUUCAAGCAUUCCAACAGUUGGGAGGCAUCAAUGCCCUUAUCUACUACUCGAAUACAAUAUUCUCCCAGAGCUUGAAAUUCAGUCCCAAUCUAUCUGCAUUGAUGAGUGGAUUUUUAAACACUUGGUUCUUCAUAGCAUCCUUCAUUCCCUGGUUCCUCAUCGAUCGUGUGGGCCGUCGGCCACUCCUCCUAUCCAUGGUAUCCCUGAUGUCCGCGGUAAUGGUCGUCCAGACCGGCUUGAUCUACAACGUGCAGAACAAGACGUCCAUUGCCAAGGCGGCGGGUGCAGGAGCAGCCGCUAUGCUGUUCAUCUUCGAGGGCGCCUUCACCAUUGGCUUUCAAGCAGUUGUAUGGGUUUAUCCAAGUGAGGUCUUACCGUUGAAGAUACGCCAGAGAGGGUCGUCCAUCUCGACCGCAAGCAACUGGAUCAUGAACUUCUUGAUCGUGUACAUCACGCCACCUGCUAUCCAAAACAUCGGCUACAAGACGUACAUAAUCUUCGCGGUGAUCAAUGCCGUGUUCGUUCCUAUCGUCUACUUUUUCUACCCUGAGACCAAAGGUUUGGCCCUGGAAGACGUCGAUCGCCUCUUCGCCAAACACGGAGGUGAUGCUGAAAGGCGACUCAGCGCAUUUGCGAACGAGCACCAUGGGGUGGAGAUAGCCAACGGUGGCGAUAUUGAGAAGCCAGUCAAGUAUGCCACCUGA